CAACUGUGUUGCCGCAAAGGUCGGCUAAACUUGUUACUAAAAUUGUAUAAAUAAAGUAGUCUGAAUUACCAUAUUUUGUGAAAUUGAAUAAUGUUUCGAUAAUGUAUAUGGUAUAGAAUCUAUGAAGGCAGUAAUUUUAGUAUGUUGCUGACACGAGCAUACAAGUUGUAAUAAUUUAAAACAAUCAGAAGACGAAAGAUGGCUCAUAAAGGAUUAUUGUUGUUAUCUUUUGAGCUGAUGCUCUUCAUUUUUACGGCUAUCAGCAACGCUGCGGCUGUAAAGGUUGACGCUGCUAACAGCAUUAUUCUCGAUUUGGGAUCGGAUAAACAAGAUCCCCGAUUGGAUGUCUGCAACAAGUUGAGUGGUAUUACGCGAUACAGUGUAAAGCAUGGCACUAAUGCUGUGAUUACCGCCGUUCGUUUGCACGACUACAGGGUUGAAAUGCCAGCAUCACCUCAUGUGGAGGAAGUUUUCUGCGCUUCUCCUUUCAACAACACGUUUACUAUACACUUUGAUGACUUUUCAUCGGACGAGUUCACAUUUGGCCCUGAUGGUAUGCAGGUAAAUGACCAUAAAGAAAGGUAUGUAUUUAAGGGGCCCUGCAAUAAGCCUGCUGCCCAGCCCAAGAUUGAAGAAAAGGUCGAAGGUGAAAAUGAAACUCACUCCAACAUCAAGGUUGAAGAAAGGCGUGGAAUGAGAUCUGAUCCACCACCUAUUCCCAAGACUCCUAUCACACUGGAGUCCAAAAAUGAGGUCAGGCCAGAACGUAAACAUGACGUUAAACAUGAAAUCAAGCCAGAGAUAAAACAUGAGGUCAGACCAGAAGUUAAACAUGAAGUCAAGCCAGAGAUAAAACACGAGAUCAGGCCAGAGAUAAAACACGAGAUCAGGCCAGAAGUUAAACAUGAAAUCAAACAUGAUGUUAAACAUGAAGUUAAAGAGGAUAUCAAGGCUGAACAUGUCAGUGACAUUAAGGCAGAAACAAAAUCGGAAUCUAAGUCAUCAUUGAAGAAUCACGGAAGGAAUCCAUACCUCGGUAGGAGUGCAUCAGCCGAAGCGCACCUCAAUGUAAAGCACAUGAAUGAGCACAAAUCAUCUAAUUUGCGAGAAAGUCGUCCAAGUGCUACUGAUGCGAGUUUUGGUGGCACUGAUUUUCCAGAUAUUGAGGACGGUUACGAAAGUGAUAGUCCAGACGACCCCGAUGACAUUAAAAAACCAGCGUAUCUCAACAAGGCAUCCCCUGUUCAUCAAGAAGCUCUCAAAUCCCCGAUUCGUGCUACACCACGUCAUCCUGUUGAUGCAUCCCCCGCAGCUUGCCAACGCGAGGCUACUCCUCCGCGUUCUCAACAGAAGACUGAAACUCACGUAGAUACAUAUGAAGGUGUCGAAAUGUCUGCUGGUUACGCUGAUCUUAGAAGUGAUGAGUUUAUGAUUGAAGAAAAGUCUGAAAAGGAACCAGCAAAAGAGGAGGUUGAUACAACACCCGUGGUGCCAGAGACACCACUUGUUGUGGAACGCAGUACACGUGAGGAACUCACUUUUACUUUAGGUGAAGAAAAUCCGAGUGUUGUUACUACAACUGUAGAUGACAGUAAAUGUUACAAGGGAACGAACGGUACGAUAAUCAAGUUCAUCGAAAUUGAGGGUAAGACUAGAGAGAUCAUGAAGGCCAACGCUGAGGAUACCAUUGUCUGUAUUAACAACAGCGAACAUUCAUACAACAUAGUUGUUGGUAAUCGCGAGGAGGGUGGUAAAUGGGUUCAUUCCUUCUACAAGAAGAGUGGCGACCAUGACAUUUUUACUGAUGUAACUGUCAAAUCCCUGUUCAGAAAUAUUGACUUCUCGGAGAUGUUUGACGACGCCAUGAUAAUGGAGUUUAGUCAGACUGAGCCUCUACACGUACCUAAGUUUAUGUUCAACGGUAAAGUAAAUGCAUCACUUAAACAAGUCGAAGCUAACAGUCAGUCUUUCGUUCUGGAGUCAGUUACCAAUGGAUAUGUUAGGAUUGCACAGGAUUUGUUAUUCGCUGAUAAUGGUGCUGGAUUGCACUCAUUCGACGGAAUGAAUCUUGUCGCGAUGUACUCUCGUAGUGAAUCGGCACAUGACACACUUUGUGUUACAUUCCGUCAUAGAGAUGUUUUGAAGCACAAGAAGUACGCUCAAAUUAAUGCUAGAUCUGGUCCAUAUCAACUGGUUCCAUACAAGAGGGAAAUCGAUUACGAUCUUUCCCAAUCUUUGGUUAUGUUUGGCCUGUCGCCUUGCUCUGAAGUCACUAUUCUGGAUGCUGAGAGCUUGGGCACCAGCGCAAUUCUGCAAGGUGUUGAAGUUCAAAGAUUCGGGGAUAUAGUAUACAUUCAUCUUCAGAAGAUGGAUAAUGAUAUUCUUCUUCUCAUCGGUACCGUCGAAGUUUUACUGAGAUCCGACGGUAAUCACAGGAUUGUUGUCAUGUCUAGUGACGGCGCUGUUACCGCCGACAUAUCCACCGAAAUUGGCGGAGUUAAAAGUCGUACAAUUGUCUCCCCGAAGGCCAAGGAGCCUCAGGUACACGAAGUCAAUUUCGUUGUUGACCCUGAGCCCAGUGUUUAGGGCGCAUCAUUGAUGCAGCUUGUAGUUGUAGAAACCCAAUCAUAUUCAAUUUCGCAUACAAAUAUAU